ACAUUAUCCGUUCUAUUAUUGUUGUUCCAUUUCCAAUUUCCAUCAAAAGUCAAACAUACCCGUAAUAAUAAUUCCCCUAAAUCAACAUCUCCUGCGUCCUGUCUCUGUUCAGAUCACCCUUAACCAUCUCUCUCUAUCAUCCCUAUCUUUUUCUUCAACAAUGACUUCUCCACAAUCAAAACCCAAUUUAGACCGCCCCAUUGCUAUUGAAAUCCAACCUUCAUCUCCUCGUUACCCCACCAAUACUGACACUUCUCAUCGCAAAAUCGCUAUACCCGUUGAUCUUAGCGAUGAGAGUGCUUUUGCUGUUAAAUGGGCUGUCCAGAACUACCUCCGACCCGGAGAUUCGGUUACUUUGGUCCAUGUCCGACCCACUUCUGUCCUUUAUGGGGCCGAUUGGGGGUCCACCCAUUUCUCUACUUCGAGUGAAGACCCUAAUGAUGAUUCUGAACAGCGGAAGAAAAAGCUGGAAGAUGAUUUUGAUAGCUUUACUUCUGGGAAGAUUAGCGAGAUAGCGCAACCAUUGGUUGAUGGAAAAAUCCCAUUUAAGGUUCAUAUUGUAAAAGAUCAUGAUAUGAAGGAAAGAUUGUGUUUGGAAAUUGAAAGGUUAGGGAUGAGUGUUGUGAUAAUGGGGAGUAGAGGAUUUGGGGCUUCUAGAAGAAGUAGUAAAGGAAGGCUUGGAAGUGUUAGUGAUUAUUGUGUUCAUCAUUGUGUUUGUCCUGUUGUGGUUGUUAGGUAUCCUGAAGAGAAAGAUGUUCAAGGGGAUGUUGGAUCUUUGCAUCCUGUUCCUGAAGAAGAUUCUGGAUUACAUGAUGAUCAACAAGAACACUUGCACAAAGAUUAAGUGAACGUUUCGUGUUGCUGUGGAAAAUCUGUAAUGAGUCAAAGCAUGUUCAUCCAGCUGAAGCUCGGUCUUUCGUCCUUUUAAAAUGACUGAAGCUUAAUGUAAUUUGUGAUGAUUCCAUUGCGUUUUGGAUUUGGAUUUGAAUUUGGUUUAAAAUUGUGAAGUUAUUGUUAUGUUGGUGUGCAUCUUGUUCAAGUUUGAAAUCUUUCAAAAUUGCUCUCUUUGGAACUUGUCCUGUUUCACUUCUUUGUUGUCAAAUUCGGUUUAUGAAGUGGCAAAUUCAGAUUCAGAUUCUCAGUUACUCCUUUUUUUUUUUAUUUUUUUUUUAUUUUUAAAUUUUAGUGUAACGGCUGAUGUAAUUAAUUAAUAAUAAUGGAAAGUUUUUGAUGCAUAAUUAAAUCAAGAACAUUCAUAUUGUUCAAGGAUUAAAAAUGUGUAAAAUCAAAUAAUAUUCCUCUGAUUAUUUUUUUUCGUUGACAUUUGCAUUAUU